UCCUCGCUCCACCUCCCCAGUCAGCGCUGCUCUCUCCAGCCGCUGCAGAGGGACGAGAGACGAGAGCCUGAUGGUACAACUGGCUCACUUUUUCUCCGGUCGUACCCUCACUACGGCAAAAUGAAUCCUGCGCUUAUCGUGGUUUUUGCUCUCCUUGCAGAAACUGUCGCGCUCCCAGUUGGCAAAGAGGAGCAAAAAGAUGUGGUUGCACGAUGUCUGGUCGAAGUCUUGACCAAAGCGCUGUCCAAGCCGGACGUUCAUUUGGAUCAGGAAUGCAAAGAUAUUCUCCAAGCAGGUGUCAAAUAUGCCCCAGUGAACAAAAAGACUACAGAUGGGACUGCAACACAGGAGGAAAUCUCUCGCGCGGGAGCCCCUACGGCAAAGACGGCAGACGUCAAAGACAUUGAGGCACUGCUGAAAUCUGUGGAGGAAAAGAAGGAAGCCCCCAAAGAGGAGCGGAACCAGGAAUCGUGGAGUCUGAUAGAGAAGCGGGAUGGGGAUCAGGAGGAAGAAAUACGAGAGAAGCGGAGCAGCUGGAGGCCAGGGAGAUUCCACCAGAGGAAGAGCAAACGAGGAGAGGAAGAUUACGACCGCAGUCAGGAGAGUUGGGGAGGCCUUGAAAGGAGGUCCGAUGACAAAGAAGAAGAGGACGGAGAAAGUGAAGAACGAGAGAAGAGGAACUGGAGGCCCGGAAGGCACUACCAAAGGAAAAGUAAACGGGAUGAGGAAGACGGGGGAGAGCCAGAGGAGGAACGCAGUCAAGAGUACUGGGAUGCAGAAAAGAGGCUGGAGAACGAGGAAAAGGGGGAGAGAAACAAGCGCAUAUGGAAACCCACACAUCACUAUCAUCACAAGAUAAAGCUCCACAGGCGCAGUGAUGAGCCAUCCGAGGGUGAGGGAUACGAAGACCGCAGCCAGGAAUCAUGGGACGUUGACAAGAGGAGCUGGAAGGAUGGCAGAUUCCACCAGAGGAGACACAAGCGCGAUGAGGAGCUAUCGGAAGAAGCGAGGGAAGAGCCUGAGGAGGAGCGAAGCCAGGAACAUUGGGACAUAGACACUGGGAGAGAAAAGAGGGAGUGGAGGGCGGGAAGGUAUCACCAAAGGAGGCAGAAGAGAGAUGAGGAGCUUUCCGAGGAAGCAAAGGAAGAACCCGAUGAAGAACGAAGCCAGGAACAUUGGGACAUAGACACUGGGAGAGAAAAGAGGGAGUGGAGGGCGGGAAGGUAUCACCAAAGGAGGCAGAAGAGAGAUGAGGAGCUUUCCGAGGAAGCAAAGGAAGAACCCGAUGAAGAACGAAGCCAGGAAUAUUGGGAUUUUGACGCCGGAAGAGAAAAGAGGGACUGGAGGCCUGGCAGGCAUUCCCAAAGGAGACACAAACGCGAAGACAGGCUUUCAGAGGAUGCCAAGGAAGAGCCCGACGAAGACCGCAGCCAGGAAUAUUGGGAUUUUGAUACCGGGAGAGAGAAGAGGGACUGGAGACCUGGCAGGCAUUCCCAAAGGAGACACAAACGUGACGAGGAGAUUUCGGAAGAAGCCAGAGACGAGCCUGAUGAAGAACGGAGCCAGGAAUACUGGGACUUUGACACAGAACGAGCUAAGCGGAGCUGGAGGCCCGGCAGACACCACCAGAGGAAACACAAGCGCGCCGAAGAGCUCGGAGAGGACGACAGGGAAGAGCCGGAGGAAGAGCGCAGUCAGGAAUACUGGGAUUUUGACAAGAGAGACGAUAACGAAGACGUAGAUAUAGAAAAGCGGAUCUGGAAGCCCACACACCGGUACCACCACAAGAGGAGACUUCAGAAGCGAGGAUCAUCAGAGGAAGAGAUGGAGCCGAGGGGCGACUCGGAAGAGAACGCAGAAGAGGAAAACGACAGAGAUGAAGCCCUGAGGUACCUGGCUGAGAAACGCAAUCCCUGGAUUUACAGAGGCUAUUACGACCCGGCCUGGUACAAGAGAGACUCAGACGAACAUGCCGCAUCAUCCGCUAAGAUGGAUGAACUGAGCCAGCUGCUUAGUUACAAGUUAAACCAGCUGGCUAACCAGUCCACUAAAGAGGAGGAUAAGAGGAGUUCGCAGCAGAGAGAGCUUACACCCCAGGAGAAACAGCUGGAAAACCUGGCAGCGAUGGACAUGGAGCUGCAGAAAAUCGCAGCCAAGUUGCAUGACAAGACCGCAUAAUCCCCGAGUAUUUUACUACAGCCUGUGAACCAUGCCAAGUUACUGUGCAUCUGCCUAUUUAAUGUGCUUUGUGUUAAAAAAAAAAAGAAACAAACAAAAAAAAAAUCGCAAGACAGCUCACAUCCUACCUGCUUUACUCGAUGUAUUUGUGAUGUUACGUCAAAAUUAAAACAGCAUGGGAACGGC